AUGUCAAUAACAAAUGAAUUUCUUAUUUUUGGACAGCAUGUAGCAGCAAAAUUGGAAAAGUUACCGUUAGAAAAAUCAGUUUUUUUACAAGAAAAAAUUCAAAGUAUGCUAACAAAGGCUCGUUUUGAAGAAAUAGCAGCAUCUUCUACAGGACGUUAUACUAAAAUUAUAAACGAAACAAACUAUGAUUAUAGUCAAAUUGAAGAGAAUGAGCCAGAAACAUAUGAUGACGAUGUAUCUGAAUCAGAGAAUAUAUCAGUGUACUACAACAACUUUACAUAA